AUGAUCUUCGGGGAGAAUGGGAUGCCAACAUCCAAUAGAGCCAAAAAGCAAGUUGUGCGCGCUUUGAAAGCAGGGUACUACCCUAACCAAGUAAUGGGAAUUACAAGUGCGGCGAAGGAGCCAACAAUCAGUUUCGGGGCCGAGGAUCUUAGAACCCUCAUGUAUCCGCAUGACGACGCACUGGUCUUUACGACGAAUAUAGCGAUGUGCAGGGUCCAUCGCGUGUUCGUGGAUUCGGGAAGUGCAGUGAACAUCUUGUAUCUCGAAUGCCUCCAGAAAAUGGGAAUCGAAGCUAAUAUCGAGCCAACGAAUUCUCCUCUGUUUGGAUUUGGUGGGGAGAUUGUCAUGCCUUUGGGCUUUGUGGAGUUGCCAGUCACACUGGGCAGAGCGGACGCUUGCAAGAACAUGAUGACACGAUUCCUGGUAGUGGAUAUGCCCAGCCCUUCCUACAAUGUAAUACUGGGACGUCCUGCUCUGACGGCCUUCAGAGCGGUUAUAUCCAUGUUUCACCUCAAAAUGAAAUUCCCCCUCGGGGACGGGAGAGUGGGAGAAGUAUGGGGAGAUCAGAGGGUGUCAAAGGAAUGCCAUGUCAAAAUGUUAUCGCACUCGUCUGGGCAGAAGAGAGAAAGAGUAACAGAGGGACCGGAUACGCGGAAGAAGGGGAAAGUGGGCGAAGUACAUGCCCCAGCAGAGGAACGACAGGAGUUGGCGGGCCUAUUGAAAGACAGGGAUAGCAUAGAGAAUAUCGCUCUGGUUUCCACCAGCGAUGUUUGCAACAUGAUUGAGUUAUUUCCAGGGAAGGAGGGCUUCCAGACCAAAAUUGGGUCUUCUAUGAGCGAUCAGGUCAGAGAAGAGCUCAUUAGCUGCCUGCGGAGAAACGCGGAUGUGUUUGCAUUUAGAACCGCUGAUUUAAAGGGAAUAGACAGAGGGCUGAGAGAGCAUUGCCUUAACGUGGAUCCUAGAGUUAAGCCAGUGAAACAACGAAUGAGGAAUUUUGGGGCCGAGAAGGACGCUGCAAUCAGAGAGCAGGUCCAAGGGCUGUUGGAAGCAGGGCACAUUGAGGAGGUGCAAUAUCCAGAAUGGAUUUCGAAUGUUGUGAUGGUACCAAAGAAAACAAAUACUUGGAGGAUGUGUGUGGACUUCAGAGACUUGAACGCUGCUUGCCCAAAGGACCACUAUCCUCUGCCGAGGAUUGACCAGCUGGUGGAUUCCACUUCGGGAUGCGCCUUACUAUCUAUGAUGGAUGCGUAUCAGAGAUACCAUCAAGUUAAAAUGAACAGAGGGGAUAUUGCCAAAACGGCCUUCGCCGUCUGCUGUGGGGUUUAUGGCUGGAGGAGUAUGCCAUUUGGCUUGAAGAAUGCGGGGGCCACAUAUCAGCGAAUGAUGGAAAAAAUCUUCAAGGAACAGCUCUCUAAGAAUAUCUCGGUUUAUGUGGAUGACAUGCUCGUGCGGAAUGUCAGGGUGGAGGACCAUGUCUCCGAUCUGGAGGAGAUCUUCACAGUGAUCAGAAAACACCGGCUCAUGUUUAUCUCACGGUCGGCAGAGCGCAGCAUGCCGUUCUUCAAAAUCUUGAGGAAGGGAACUAAAUUCUUGUGGACAGCGGAAUGUCGAGCGGCAUUUGAGGAUCUCAAAGUGUAUCUAGCAAAGCUCCCGACUCUGACCAAGCCGGUCCCGGGAGAAACAUUGUAUCUGUACAUAGCAGUGGGGGAGGACGCAAUCAGCUCUGUGCUUAUCAGAGAGGAGGGAAGUCACCAGAAACCCAUCUACUUCGUCAGCCGAAUCAUCCAGGGUCCUGAGUUGAAUUACACAGAAAUCGAGAAGGCUGCUCUGGCGGUCAUGGUCACGGGAAGAAAAUUGAGACCCUAUUUUUUAUCACAUCGGGUAGUGGUGCGCUUUGCUCUACCUUUUAGACAAGGGUUGGGGCGACCGGAUUUGUCGGGAAGAAUGGUCAAGUGGGCCGUGGAGUUGGGGGAGUAUGACGUGGAGUAUGAGCCGAGAACGGCAAUCAAAGCACAAGCUUUAGCGGAUUUCAUACAAGAAACAACUCGUCGUCCUAUGCCAGAGUUUUGGGUUGCUUUCGUGGAUGGGUCAGUAACAAAUGAGGGAUGUGGAAUCGGGGUGUACAUCGUCUCACCAGGUUAUGGGAUAUAUCAAUUCGCUAUUAAAUUCACCUGCCGAAUGUCGAACAAUGAGGCUAAGUAUGAGGCUGUGGUCAGAGGGGCGCAUAUCCUGUCGGAACUCAAGGCUGACUGUGUUAUCAUCAAGACAAACUCCCAGUUAGUAGCUCAACAAUUGUCAGGGGCUUAUAAUGUCAAGGAUCAGCGGAUGAAGGCGUACCAUUGCAAAAUCAGCGAGAUGAGAGACAAGUUCAUGGAGUUUAAAAUCGAACAGAUUUCUCGAGACGAGAACACAAAAGCGGAUUUAUUGGCGCGCAUGGCCAGCGCGGUGGAACAAACGUGGAAUGAUGAGAUCAUUUUACUCUGUGAUACCAGAGAAAUGGGGACUUCACAGGUUUUCUCAGUGGAAAUCGGGGACGACUGGUGGGCUCCAAUUAUGCACUUUCUUAAGACAGGGGAGCGGCUGAACAGAGAAUCCAAUCAGAGGGCUCGCUACGAGAAUUACUGUUUAAUCAACGAUCAACUCUACAAACGAUCUUUCACCCAACCUUUGUUAAAAUGCUUAUCUCCAGAGGAGGCUAACUUUGCUUUGAAAGAAAUUCAUGCAGGUUGCUGUGGUGGUCACACGGGAUUCCGAGAUCUCGUACGCAAAAUCAUUCGGGCAGGGUUUUAUUGGCCUAACAUCAACAAAGAGGCCAGGGAAUUCGUCCGCAAGUGUGAGGCUUGCCAGAGACAUGCCGGGAGAAUCAACAUUCCAGGGGAAACUAUGGGCGUUAUGUACGCUGCAUGCCCAUUCGACAAGUGGGGCAUCGACAUAGUCGGGAAACUGCCCACAGCACCAGGGGGCAAAUGUUUUCUCCUUGUAGCGGUGGACUACUUCUCUAAGUGGGUCGAGGCUGAGGCCAUGGGGAAAAUCGAUGAGGUGACUGUGGAGCGCUUCAUUUGGCGGAAUAUAUGUUGCAGAUUUGGAGUCCCAAGGAUCAUCAUUGUGUCGGACAAUGGAACCCAGUUUAUAGGGCAGCGAAUUGCGGAUUUCUGUGACCGGAUGGACAUCACCCAACGAUUCGUCUCGGUGGCUCAUCCACAAGCGAACGGUCAAGUGGAGCUGGCUAACAGGACAAUAUGCGAUGGGAUUAAGAAGAGGCUGAAUCAAAGCAGAGGUAAGUGGGUCGAGGAGUUGGACACUGUACUUUGGGCUUACCGCACUAGCCCAAAGACAACCACUGGCGAAGCACCAUUCACUCUGGUGUAUGGAUCUAAUGCGGUGAUACCAGCGGAGGCAAGGUUGGAGUCAUAUCGGAUUACAACCUACAACACUGAGCACAAUGCUGAACUCCGCCGAGCAGAGCUGGAUUUGGUGGAAGCACAGAGGGAUGAGGCCCGGGUCAGAGCAGCAAAAUACAAGAGCAUCAUCAAGGCAGGAUAUGACAAGAGGGUCAGAGCGAGGAAAUUAUCCAAAGGCGUCCUGGUCCUUAAACGAGCUGAUGCAUUAAAGGCAGUGGGAAUGAUGAAAUUGUAG